AUGGUUUUAUUCUCCAAGGUGAGAUCUGGAACAGAUUCAGAAACAUGUACGAAAAGCGAUGAGAAACGGAAAAGAGCAGGGUUUGAAUUUGCCGCCGAUCCGAAAGAGAUCAUUCUCUUCUUACCAGCAAUUUACUACAUGAUUUCUUUCUUCAUCUAUAACGUGGUUAUAAUCAUUGUUUAUGGUGUUCGAAUAUCAAACGUCAGAGACUCACUUGCAGAAAUUGUAGGAGAUGGCGCCCCAGUUGUAGCAGAAGUAAACAGAUGGUUGACCCCUUUCUUUGGAAUCACUAUUACCAUGCUUCUGCUUACGCUUCUGGUCGCUCUUCUCAUUUUUCGAAUGACAUUUUAUUGCUACAAAAAUCGCUGA